UUUCGCUGGUCUCUGUGUUUAGUGUGACAUCAUUACCGCCAAAUGUCGAAGUUUUGCGUUUUCAUUUUUACGUUUUAGGGGAUAUAUUAAAAAGAUUGGUAUUUUGCAUGUCCAAUUGAAGUAAGCAAUUACUUUCUGGAGGGACAUUUUCUGCAAGAAUUUGUUACCCCAUAUUUAUCGUGUUCAAGACACCAUUGGCACAUUCCUUUGCCGAUUUCGGUUGAACUCAAACUGCUUUAGAAAUGGUAAAGGAUUUUUAUGACUUUGACGCAGCUCUUAAAGGUCUUAUUGAGCUUGUAGAAGUUAAUCUUAACACAGCCAUCAGUAACAAUGAACAAAACUUUGAAUGGUUGGCAAGUUACCCAGCCAAAGCAAAGCAGAAAUUAUGUGCAAAGAAGUUCAAAAUGCCCAAGACUCCUGCCAGGAAAAAGACAAGGCAGCAGAAGAAAAGAUUUCUCAAUGAGGAUGAUGAACAAUUAAAUGAUAACCAUUCUGGAAAUGAUGUACCCAUGAAAAAAGGAAAACUCUCACAUGAGGAUGAUGAAUCAAUUGACACUGUUGGUGGUAGACCAGUUCGCCAGGCCUCAUGUGUUGCAAAAUCAAAAAUUCAGCAAUCUGUCAGGAUGGCUAACAACCUGAGAAAUAAAAUGAGACGACCAACAAUUGAUCAAAAUGAAUCUAAUAACAUAUCUGUUCAGGAUUCUGACAACAAAAACCAAUAUCCUGGCAUGGAGUGUGAAAGCCCAGUUCUUUCUAAACCCAAUGCAAACUGUGAAUCUAACCAAACAAUUUCUUUGAAGUCAGAAAUAAUAUCUCCACCUCUACUGACAACAAGCACAACCUCAGAAUCAGAGGGUAAACAUCUCCAAACUGGAACGUUAAAAGUUAAUUUUGCGCCCGAACUAGCAACCAGUUACCAAGAUCCUAAGAUUUGCGAAGCCACAGAAAUUCUGGAAAAACAAACCGAACAGCAACCCGAGACUCACAGUCCUACUGAGUUGGCGCCUGUAGUACCAGUCACUGUCAUUGUUCAAAAUGAACCUACUAAGAAAGUUCGACCUACACGCAAAGUUGCUAAAAAAUUAGAUUUGAGUGGCGAUGAUGACAAGGUUAUUCUUCCACCGAAAACAGAUGAAAAAAUUGUAGAUUUGCUGUCAACGGAAGAAGAAAAGGAACAGCAGCGUCCAUCAUCCAACCUAGAGGAUGUGCAACAAUCAGAAACACUGCCCAAAAAAAAGUUGCGUAAGGUACGGAAACCGGUUGAAGAAAGUUCCGUGGCUACUGCAGUGACAACCACGACAGCAGUAUCUAGCCCUCGCUUAACUCGUAACCAAAGGAAUUCAGUCCGUCCUUCCAACGCAGUCGUUGCGAAUUCUCCUCGUUUGGUGAAAACUCCUUCAAAACUACAAGAACACAUUCAAAGAAAUACUAACAAUCAACUUAAUCCUACGAACUCUUCUCCAGUUAAAAGAAUUUUCACUCCGAAAGUUGUUUUUAGCCCGUUUAAAGCUUCAUCAGUCAAAACCAAAGUAGAGGCCUUUGAAGCGGCUUUGGGUACUAUUGGACCAGGAACCGUGGCUAGCAGUAGCUCUGGUAUGACGGGCGUCCUUCCAGAAGCUCGCGUUCUUCUUAAGCGACUUACCAGGCAGCAACUUAAGGAAGCUGUUAGCAACAUUGAGAAACCUCAACAGGAAUUGCGGAAACCUAAAGAAGCCAAUUCCAAGCGAUGCACUUUCGUUUUGGAUACUUCGGAUGAAAAAGAAAAGAAAACAAAAAAACAAUCGGUCUCUCAGAUAUUGGCACGCAAAAGUUUGGACAAGGCUAAGAAUAUUGCUGUUGCAGCCGCUCGUAACAAGUUACUGAAUAGUGUGGCGCAAAAUGAAACUACCGAAAGCCCAAAUGUCCAUGUAAAUCGAAACGCAGCAACAUUAAUGAGCAAGUUCCGUUUCGCCGGUGCUCCUGGAUCGUCGGGUUCAUCAAGUUCCUCAUUGAGUCGUAAUGUGAACAUGACACAAGGGAAAAAUUUGACAAAUGUAGUGACAGGCGUAGGUACUUUUACGGGUACCAAGCCAGUGGGACCAAUGCCAACUAAAGCUACCGAAGAAGAUGAACUUAGGCGUAAAGAGGUAGAACUUAAGCGGCUAAAGGAAAGAGAAGAGGAAGCUUCUCGCAAGCGUGAGGAGCUGAUGAGAGCAAAGGCCGAAGAACAAAAAAGAAAACAAGAGGCUAGGGCAAAGCGUGCUAUGGAACAGCGUGUCCUUCGAGCCAAACUACUAGAAGAAGAACAAAAACAAAAGUUGGAGAACAAGGAAGAAAGAAGUGCUCAAUUAAAGCAAAAGUUACUCGUUGAGAAUCAAGAGAAAGCGGAACGUUUCCGAACAGCUAUUUUGCGGCAUCAAGAGGCUGAACAGCGUCGCAAAGCUGAGGAACAGCAAAAACAACAGGAGGAAGCACAGCUUCGUUUGCAAAACGCUAAGAAAGAACAGGAGGAACUCGAACGACAAGCUAAGCUAAAGGUAACUGAGGCUGAAAAGGCAAAAGCCGCUGUUCCAGUUGCAGAACCUUUCAAGUUAAACACCACCGUGACAUUGACUUCGUCUAAUACCAAUAACUACCAGCUAACGCCGGUGCGCAUUACCAAAACAGGAAAGAUAUUCAAUCCUGACAACUACGAUAUUGCUGACAUGCGGUCAGAUGAUUCGACGGACGAUGAUAGCCGUCCAAAAAAAGUGAUUCCUGGCUGGGCUAGAAGUGUUAAUUUGAAAAUUGCAUUGGAGCAACAAGCAAAAUCACUCAAUGGUGAAGAGAUUUUUCCUGCGAAACUUCUUAGAGAGCCUAAUCUGAACGCGAUAUUCAAGAUCAAGCGAGCCCGUUUUAACAAGCGCACCUCUAGUGCUGUUUGGAAAACCCCCCCAGCUAAUUAUAUGUAAAUUUUGAUACUCUUUCGCGCUUUCGUUUCCCUCGGAAUUAUUAGCUUGUUUUUUUUUUUCUCUUUACAUUAACAUAAAUUUUAUGCGAAUACCUUGCUUCUCUGUCAUCCAUUAAAUACAUGAAGGUAGCUGGUUUUUUCGCUUCAAA